UGGAAUAUUUGUGUCCAUGGAGGCUAAUUCGUCCUGAUUUUUUUAAUCAAUUUUACCCAAGAAAUUGGAUUUUGAAUUUGUUUUUAUCGUUGCACGAUGGAGGAAGUCUCGGAAAUCAUUCCUGAAGAGAAAUCAAUGAAUUCUGGGCCAAAUUCAGAGGCUCAGGGUGAGACAGUCGAUCCCCCAGGGGUAGAGCCUGACGGAGAUGAGGACGAAGAAGUCAUGACUGAAAUAUUCAGAAAGGGAAAACGAUCACGAGCGAUUUUCGAUAGCGACUCCGAGGAUUCUGAUAAAAAUGAGAAGAUUCAGAAAGUAGAUGACACCGAUGACGAUGACUUAAACAACCCUAAGAGGAUGAAAAAUGGAUUCAGGGUCACCGUCGAAAGCGAUUCUGAUCCUGACGAUGAGGACAAUGAGCCCCCAGUGGUGCCAGUACAAAAAGAAAAAACGACAAAAAUAUCGAGUUUAAUCGAUUCAGAGUCAGAAGAGGAGCCCCAAGUCGAUGAUUUAUCCCCGGAUGAGAGAAUGAGAUCUCCCUUGAGAGAGGAAUCAAAAAAAUCUGAGAAACCGAAAAAACAGAAGAAUCUGACGAAGAGAGCAUCGAAAGACGAGGCACUGAAUAAAAUUCGCAGUGAAACCCAGCGGAUGAUUCGAGAGUCCUCGAUAUCUCUUCCAUAUCACAGACCCAAGGAGAGAACUCUCGACGAUUUUUUGAAUCGAAAGAAAAUCUCCUCAGCCCUACCCAAGGCCACGACAAUGGCCAACAAACUGAAGAUUUCCGCAUCGAUAGUUAAUCAGGUACUCGAGGAGAAGGAAAAGGAGGCCGAGGUGUUCUACAAGUCCUCAGACUCUGAGGAUGAGCCAGAAUAUCCUCAGAAAGAGGCACCACCCUCAACCACCGAGAUGAUAUCUAUAGAAGACACGCAGAAGCUGCAGAAGGUCGAUGUUCACAACAGACAGCAGAUAAUUCACAAUGGAUCCCUUGAAUUUGGAGUACCCAGAAAAUUAUUCAUGGAUGGAGCAUCGCCAGGACCUUCUGUACAAUCAUCUGAGACUCUGGAUAAACCAGAGGAUGAGGCUAAUCUGCCGUCGAAGGAGUUCAAACGAGGACUGAGGGACAGCAGCAUUCCCAGAAAGCUGUUGGAUAAUUUUGAGGAAGGUGCAGGCACACCUGGAGACCAAGCAUCGACUCUAGACUCUGGAAUUGAUUCUGCAAAUCCUAAUGAACCAGCAGAGAAUUUUUCUGAGUCUCUGGAGGAUCGAGGAGGAGCAGGAGAACCACACCGGGAAGGAAUUUCUGAUGAUUGUGCUAUUUCUGAGACUCCCAUGGUCAGUAAUAAAGAAUUCAUGAAGUUGAAUGCUAAAAAUUGUGUUCUGAGUAAUCCUGAGGGUUCUGAUGUACCCCUGGAGGACAGGGAAGUGAAUCAGCCAGAGGGCCAGGCCCUGGGAUUAUCCCUACCCGAGGACAAUUCCAAAGAGAAUGAAAAUGACUUUGCCACACCACAAAAUAAUUCGAAUAAUUCAAUUCCACCUCCUGUUAAUCAGAAUAUGAAAAGAGCUGCCCUGAUAAGUGCGGCAGGAACGAAACCUAAGCUCAGGGGCAAUCCAGGUAUGAUGAUUGAUUUAACCGAGUCAUCGAGGCCUGACAAGGCAGCCGUUGACAGCCUCGUCGACAGAUUCCUCACGAAACAUUCAGCAAUUUCUAAAAAUGAGGAUAAAGACACUGAAGUGACGAUUCUGAAUACUGAGGUGACACCGGAGGGUUUAAAAAUCACCAGGGACACUGUUUCGUAUAAAAUACGCGGGGACAAGGGUGAGGACGAUAUGAAUAAACCUGGGGCUAAAUUAAUGAGACUGAAGGAGGAGCUCGAGAAGAGGAUGAAGGUGAAAAGGCAGGAGGAGUGGAAGCAGAAGGAGAAGGAAGCUGUGGGCUCUGAUGAGGAUGAUGAUGAAGAUGAUGAUGAGUUGGAGGAAAUUAUUGAGAAGAGGAAAAUACUGGAUGAUGAUGACGAGGGGGAGAGUGAACCUGAAGAGGAUGACGUCGUGCUUGAAGAUAAAAAGAGAAAGAGCUGUGUCUUUGGGGAUGAUGAGGCUGAAGUCAGUGGAGAUGAUGGGGAUAUUGAGGGCACUGGUGGAGAGGAAGAUGAGGAAGAUGAAGAAGAUGAAGAGGAUGAAGAGGAUGAAGAGGAUGAAGAGGAUGGUGAGGAUGGAGAAGAUGAAGACGAGGAAAAAGACGAGAACGACCUGAACAAAUCCAAAAAAUUCAGCAGAAUAAUUCAGGUUGCGGAUUCUGAUGACGAAGAACUUGACUCCAAGUCUUCAAACAAAGCUUUUGAAAGAACAAAUACGGACGUUGAUAUUUUCGCUGAGGAAGAGGAAGAAAUUUAUUCGAUUCAACCCAGUCAGAGCUGUCAGAGCCCUGUACCAACGAAUAAACAGCUGUCCCUGGGAUCUCCAUUGUCGGAAUUCAGUGGACUAGCUUCAGGGAGUGCCUCAGCAUCGAAAAGUAUUUUCUCAAAUCCAGAAAUAUCGGACUUAUCCCCAUCCAUCACAAUGAACAGUCCAAAGCCCUCACUCGGAGACUCAGCGAAAAAUAAAUUAUUCGAGGACGAUCCCAGUCCCGUGACUGACCUAGACCUCUUCGAUUUAUGUUCCGGGAAGUUUCCAGAUGAUGCCAAUACCCAGAGCAGUACGAGACCCAAUUUGAAAGGUCUUGCAGACACGACGUUGUCGGAGGGAGUAACAGAGAGUCAAUUAUUGGGUCUGUGCUCUGGGACAUUUGGUACGCAGUCACAGGUCCCAGAGCCCGAUCCCCAGGUGCCUGAGGAUAAUAUCAGACUGACAUUAGAAGAAUCCACCAAAUCCCAGGAGGACAUUCCCAGAAAGUCCUUGGAUAUAGCCUCAUCCUCAGAAGACGAGGAGAACAAAGAUCCCAACGAUAAAAAUACAAAAACUGUCUCGAGGACGAAGAAGAAAGUGCAAAAGCUUGUCCUAUCCGACGACGAAGACGAGAAUGAGGAUUUCUCAGAAUCAGAGGAAUCUGAGGAUGAGAAAUUCGUGGACUACGACUCCGAGGAGAAUGAGGUGAUCGUCCCAAAGGGAGAUCUGAAGAAAGUCGCCGCCAAAUACCUGGAGGAAGAGGCAGAGCUGAGUGAGAGUGAGUGGGGCUCUGAAGAUGAGGACGAGAGAGAUCUAGAUAAAUACGAGAACGAAGAGGCUGACGGUGAAGAGAUCGAUGAAGCACUCGUGAGAGAUCAGAUCGGAAAAAUUCAUGCGAGACAACAGCUAGACGAGGACAACCGAGACGUCAGGAUGCUGAAGGAAAUGCUAUUUGAUGAUGGUGAUCUCCAUGACGAUGGACAGGGUCGUGAGAGAAAAUUCAGGUGGAAGAAUAUCGAUAAAAUUGGACUGGCGGAUGGUCCUGUCGACGACGACGACGACGAGGAGGAGAAUAACGACGGGGAGAGUGAACUCGAGUGGAGAAAAUUGAGAAUGGAGAGGCAAAAAUUCCUCCAGGAUAAAGAUAAAGAAAAGGGAGAUAUGGAGGCAGAGGGUGAGGGACAGCUUUUGUCACUGGGUAUGAAGGCAUUGAGGAGAACCAACACGAGUAUCCUGGAGGAAUCCAGUGUCUUGAUCAAAAGAACAAUUGCACCCAGAUCUGUCUCAGAAUUGAUGCAAUGCACCUCCAGAACAUCGAGAAUCGUACACACCGCCUCCAAGAGAGGAUCUUUCCUCUCCAGGGGAGAGGCAGUUCUAGCUAAAAUUGCAGAAAUGACCAGCAAGAGUGAUGAGACCACACUGACAUCUCACAAGGCAUCGAAUUUUGUAUUCUCCACUCUGAGUCCUUCAGUCGCUGGUGAGAGCGACGAGGAAGACGAAGAAAAAGGGAAGCCCAUCAGAAAGAGAAAACCCUCGGCUGGAGUCACUCCGAGGAACACCAAAAAACUCAAGAUCGAGGUCGAACGAUCGUCAGCCAAGAAAUUAUUCUGAAUUGAAACAUUUUACGAUUUAUUUUCUGUAUAUAGAUUUUGUUUUAUGUAAAUGGAAUUUGACGCGAUAUUUUCAGUAAAAGGUAUUUUCUAAGAGAAA